CGGUGUAGCCCCCCCGUUUCCGUGGCCGGGGAGAGGGUCUCGGAGUGCAGGGGGGGUGCUCCCCCAUGUUUUCUACCCCCGGCCGGUGGGGGCAGGGGGGGCCUGGAGCAAGAUGUGGCGGUGACAGCCUCUCCCCCUCCCAUGAGUGAAGAGGAGGAAGAAAGAAAGAAGAAGAAGAAGGAGAGAAGUGGGGAACCCCCUCCCCGUGUCCUCCUCACCGGCGGGGACCCUCUGCAGCAGAUCUUCGAAGACGUUUUCUGUGUUUCAAAGAUUUGGUCUGAAAAAGCUGUAGGAUUUGGAACCGAAAAAGUAAGGGAACUGGAAAAGGAGGAUGGAGCUGCAGACUCUCCAGGAAGCCCUAAAAGUGGAAAUUCAAGUUCAUCAGAAACUGGUUGCUCAAAUGAAGCAAGAUCCACAGAAUGCAGAUUUGAAGAAACAGCUCCAUGAACUCCAAGCCAAAAUUACAUCUCUGAGUGAAAAACAGAAACUUGUAGUGGAACAACUUCGGAAGAAUCUGAUCAUUAAGCAAGAACUCCCGGACAAUAAGCUUCUCAUACAGCCUUUGCUACAGCUAGAAAGCAAACCGCCAACAACACCACAAGUGCAGCCACAGCCUCAGCAAAUACAGCUGCAACAAAUACAACCGCAGCAGGUGUCCCAGGCAUCCACUACAUCUCUUCCAGGUCUGAGUGGGUCACAGAAGACUGUCGCUACAGCAUCUAUGAUCACGGCAAAGACUCUACCUCUUGUGUUAAAAGCUGCAGCAGCAUCCAUGCCGGCCUCUGUCAUUGGCCAGAGACCCACCAUUGCCAUGGUGACUGCCAUCAACAGCCAGAAAGCCGUCAUUGGCGCUGAUACGCAGAGUGCUGCAGUCAACUUGCAAACAUCCAACAAGGUCACCAGUCAUGUAGGGGAGACCUUUCAAAUCGUGGCAAAAAAUGCUGUUACUUUGCAGGUUCAAGCUACUUCUUCUCAGCCUAUCAAAGUUCCACAAUUCAUCCCACCUCCUAGACUCACUCCUCGUCCAACCUUUCUUCCACAAGUGCGUCCAAAGCCAGCAGCACAAAAUAACAUUCCUAUUGCUCCUGCUCCUCCCCCCAUGCUGGCAGCUCCUCAACUCAUACAGCGGCCGGUCAUGUUAACAACAAAGCUAACACCCACAUCCCAAAACUCAAUCCAUCCUGUGCGCAUUGUUAAUGGGCAGCCCACUGCCAUCUCCAAAGCCUUCCCUACGGCACAGCUCACCAGUAUUGUGAUCGCUGCACCAGGGACCAGGCUGGCAGCUCCACAGACAUUGCAGCUUCCAAAACCAAACCCAGAGAAGCAGACCGUAAAACCUCAGGUGGAAACAUCAGAGAAGCCAACUGAAAGCAGUACAACGGUGCCACCUGUCUCCAAGCCAAAACGAGAAGAAAAUCCACAGAAACUUGCCUUCAUGGUGUCGUUGGGAUUGGUCACGCAUGAUCAUUUAGAAGAAAUUCAAAGCAAGAGACAAGAACGAAAAAGGAGGACAACAGCCAACCCAGUGUACAGUGGUGCCGUUUUUGAACCUGAGCGCAAGAAAAGUGCAGUGACGUAUCUGAACAACACAAUGCAUCCAGGGACUCGAAAGAGAGGUCGUCCACCCAAAUACAACACGGUGCUGGGUUUGGGCGCUCUGCCACCCAUCUCCCCUCCAUCCAGUCAUCCUGACUCCCCCGAAAGUGAAAAGACACAGAUCACAUGUAAUUUCCCUGCAAGUAUCCUGCCUGUGUCCCUGCCUAGUCCUUAUUCCACAGACGCUGAUAUCCAUGAGGAUUUUUGCAGCGUCUGCAGAAAGAGCGGACAGUUACUGAUGUGCGACACAUGUUCACGUGUAUACCACCUGGACUGUUUGGAGCCUCCUCUGAAAUCCAUUCCCAAGGGCAUGUGGAUAUGUCCUAAAUGCCAAGACCAGAUGCUUAAGAAAGAAGAAGCGAUCCCAUGGCCUGGAACAUUAGCCAUUGUUCACUCAUAUAUUGCGUAUAAAGCAGCAAAAGAGGAGGAGAAGCAAAAACUAUUAAAGUGGAGCACAGACCUAAAACAAGAACGGGAGCAACUGGAAGAGAAAGUAAAGCAGCUAAGCAACUCCAUAACGAAAUGUAUGAAAAUGAAGAACAGUAUAUUGUCACGGCAGAAAGACAUGCACAGCUCUCUGGACAAGGUGAAACGUCUUAUCCGGCUCAUUCAGGACAUCGACCUCACCAAACCCAUUAACUCAGAGGUGACCUCUAAUCACAGCCAGGACUGCACUGCUACUGCCAACAGUCCCCCUCCUGACCCCAUCACAACGCCCCAUUCUUCAUCCAGUAGUGUCCAGAAUUGCACCCAAGCAGAAGAGACUAAGUAAUAUACCGCUCGGGACCCAGGGCACUAAACAAAGAGACAAGCCACGUCUGAACAGUUCCUGGGAGGGACUGGAAAGUAACCUUCCCGGGAGAGAGACGUAAGCACUGGAGUUUUGCCAAUCAACCUUUUAUUCUGUGUGUUCCACGUGUGAGCUGGGGUGUUCUGCCAGCACCAUGCCAAGUGAGAAAUAGAAACAAAUAUUUAACUUUACUCUUUCUAUCUUACACCAGUGUGUGCCUGCAGCAGCCUCCACAGCAACCAGAAAUAUCAUUUUUUUUUUUUUUUUUUUAUAACUAUUUUAAUUCUUUUGCAGAGGGUUUGGUUUUUUUUGUUCUCUUAAUUCAAAGGUUGGAGAAGUGGGCAGGGUGUGCUUCAGAGCUCCCACCUUUCUGACAAUAUUGUGGUGAGGUGGGACAUUCAUACCAAGUCCAAAGACUAGGAAGUUUUCCCCUGUCUACAAGAGUCAGCAAAACAAUGAACCAAAAAAAGAGAGAAAAAACACCACACAAAAGAAAAGCAAAAAUACUUCAAUUACAGUGCCCGAUAAAUGUGGGAGGGAUGGAGGGUGGGGGGAUGGUGUAUUAAGACAGUAUUUGAGUAUGAGUGAUUUUUUUUAUUUUCUUUUUUGUUUCAUUUGUCCUGUUUCCCCCUCCCAACUGUGCAAUGUUUGGCUUGGUGACAAGGAAACAAUAUUUCCCAUGGAAUUGGUUAGCUGUAAAGGCAGGAAAUAUUUUUAUUCAAAGUAUUAGAAAAAGCAGAGUGAGAUGUUUUUGGGAUGAGCAUAAAAAUACACCAAGUACAUUGUCACCUGUGUUUAUAAACAAGUUUUUGAACAUACAUUUGUGGAUUAAUCCUUUUGGCAUCUAAGGGGUGAGCCAUGCAUUACUAUGCAAUCUGCUGCUCACUCAUUUAGUGCUGAAAAAGGGAAAAAAGCAGGCAUGGCUAGAUUAGGCACCAUCAUCUUCCUGGAUGUUACUGGGAACUAAUACAUGUGCUGUACAGGAGACACUUAACACAAUAGAUGGUGUUAUGUGAUCUGUAGUAAGUUAAAUUGCAGGGAUGCCUUCAAAUCUCAAUGGACUUUUUUUUUUUUUUUUUUUUUUUAACCAACGGUUAAAAUGUGUUUUUGUUUUUAUAAUCAUUAUAUAAUUAGAGGCCCAGGUACAAAAAAAAAUACAAAUACAAUGUCUUCCUAGUGUUAUUAGAAUGGUAAGAUGGUACAGAGCAAGGUCACAUGCACUUCCCCUCAUUAACAUCAUGUGCUAGGAUAAUGAUGGGUAACUCGCGUUCUUGCAAUGUUUGUUGACUUGUUCCAUAGAUGGCAGGCUGAACAGCAAGAACACAAUUAUCAACCAUUAUCCUAGGGUAUGGAUCUCAAAGAGCAGUGAUCACAUGUUAUUAUGGCUACCCCUGAGUGUGAACAGGUAAGACUGCAACUCAUUUUGAUGACAAGGAUUUUUGAGAAAGUAAAUGUAUUUAAACAGUCUGCGUAGCAGGAAAAGUAACGUAAAAUGCAAAGAAUACAGUUUAUCUAUCUGCUAUCCUCAUUGUCUUGCAUACAAACUGCUGUUGUGUAAUAACCCACCAUUUUUUUUUAUAUAUCCUUAUUGGAGUGAUUAAAUGAUUGGGUGUACUUUCAGUCAAGGAACAAAAAAAAGCCCUGUUUUUACCUGCUGGUACGGGUUGCUGCAUAUGUGCUAUGCAGGUUCCCCUGGCAGAGAAUGGAUUUCAUGUAUUGCUGUUAUGUGAUGAUGUAGGUCACUGGGAUACCCAGUGUUAUCUCCCACCUCAAUUGCUAAAUGUUGUCUUGUCUGCAGACUGUACUUAGUGGUGUGUGUGCCCCAUUAAACUGACAUUCGUACAGUUUGUGCCCACAGACCUUUCCCCUUGGAGAUUGUGAAAUAUCCUUUUUGUGAGUUCCUUUCACUAGUGCAAUUAGCAGCAAAACAUGGUUUAUAGAGGAUUCCCUAAUCAUGAAAUGGGGUGUAUCUACAUCCAGCAAUUCGAUCUACUUUCUACUGGGAAAAAUCACAGUGAACCGUUUUGCCUUGGGCCAAAAGAAUCCCCCUGCCAUCUGCUAACCAUUUGUGAUUUCUAGUUUUUUGGGUUUUUUUUUUCUGUCUCCACUCCUAUCCUAAAAAGAACAGAACAAGCAGCUUAAUACUUUGCCUAGCAGACCAGUUUGUUUUUGUGUGAAAUCCUACACUCAAAAAUCCUUCACUUUCAGGGAGUUGCCCUAUUGGAGCUAUUUCUAGUAGACAUUUUACAUAGAUGCAGUGAGCACGGCCUAAAGUGCCUUAUUGCAUUUACCAUGUCAUUUAAAAAGCUGGUUGCUCUGUGUUCACGCAUACGUCCCAACUCUGAACAGAGAUUGAUUACUGCAUUCAAUCAUUAUCGUUUGAAGGAGCCAUGCUGUUGGAUAGGAUAAGCAGUAUCCAAACUUGACCCUGCAGCUGCAGUGUUGAGGUUGACCAUUCUAAAAUCUGUAUCUUUAGGAAAGAUCCUAGCUUCAAAUUCUCAAUGCUAGACCUGUGAGCUGUUCCUGUUACUUGCAGCCGAUCAGUGAAACAGACUACUCCUAAAUAAAUGUUUCACACUGACCCAAAUGGCUACCCCAUGUUCUUUCAGGUAGAACCGUCCCACUUUCUUAAACCAAGGGACUGUAAUAGAAUAUUUCCAAUAAUUUCUUGGUAUUUUAAAACGUACUAUUACGUGUUACACGUAAGUGCCAGACAGACUGGGAGGACUAUGAUCCUGGCUUCAUAAUGGCUGGACCCUCCCGAAUCUGCCGCUUAGUCAUAUCAUUUUGGGUAAUCCUUCUGUAUAAUCCAUUUGUGUCUCAACGCUGGCAAAACUCACAAUGCAAUGAUUGAAUCUAUGUAACCGCAAUUUAGAAAGCAUUCACUUUGGUGUAGGAGCUUUUAUGUUACAUAGCAUGCCCUGUGCCAUAAAAUUACCGUAAUUAGAUAUCUGGACACAGAUUAAGAGGAAUACCUUUUUUUAUUAAUAUUUCAAUGGAAACAUUCAAAGUAUUUACAGAAUGUUUUGGUUCCUAUCCAAUAUACAGAACUUGAUUGAGCUACAGUGAAUAAAAAAUAAAAUACUUUUAAUAUCUUCCUGCAGUCCAUGCAGAUCCAGUAAGUCACCAAUGGAGGCAGCACAAAUUACUGAAUUGGUUUCACUGCUGCUUCUAGUUAUAACCUGGAGCCCCAAACAGAGGGCUAGACUGUCCCUUUUUGUCUAAGAAAGCAGGACACUGGAGUCUGAUUUUAAUUUCCCUCUGUUUUUUAUUUUAUUUACAUUAACAACUAGUUAGUUAUGUUUCUUACUGAAUUGCGAUGGUGCAAACGUCCAACAUGUCAAACCACAAAAAUCAAAUGUUCUGUUUUGGUUUUUAAAAAGUCAGGUAGUUUCUGUUCAAAAAUGUAAAAUAGUGUUUAUCAUAAACAUUACUAUUCCUUCUGUGUGCCAACAUUUUAAGAGGCAACAUCCCCCAAAUGGUCAGUGAAGGAAUCACCGAAACCUUGUCCUCUGCGGCAUUGUUGUAAAAGCAGCCCAAGAUAUUAGGGCUCGGAGGACAAAUACAGAUUUAUUAGCUGUAUAUGCAAUGUUAGAACAAAUGUGUAACCAUACCAUUCUCUCACUUCAUAGCCACUACACAGCUCACAUCUUGGCCUAGAAGAACAGCGUGUGCAAGGAGUCUGCUUCAUUUUAUGUAUUCACAAUUUCUCACUAUCUAUAACCAAGCAGUGCCCAGGGCAUAACUAUAUGCCCAUUUAUUACUCUCCCCACUUGUAAUCAGUAUCUCUAACCUCAGUAUCCCCUACCCUGCAGCUUGGGUUUUGCUUCACAUGAACAUCACUCUGUUUACAUUGUAGUAUCCCCCUUGUAUUCCCAGCCUAGGAGCAAUAGUUAAAUCAAAUACAAAAAACUUCCAGAUGGUGUCUGGUAUACAUAUACUCACACACACUGCUCUGUGAGUGAAUUCUCACCUCUAUUGUGCUGCAUUUUAGGGUUAAAAAAAAUCCAUCAGUUGUCAAUAUCAUAACGAAAAAUAUUGUAACAUACCUUUUUUCUAUAGAAAAACAAAAUUGUAUAAUUAAGUUUUCGUAUGGAAUUGAGAGGCGUACCUUAUCUAUUGUACUGGGAACUUUUUUCAUUUUUUUUUUUCAAUUUUUUUUUUUUUUUUAUAUAUACAUUAUAUUUUUUCCAGGCCCAAUGGUAGUGAAUUGCAAAUACUCUGCCUUCUCUGUACAAAUGGAAGUCUGUGUUUUCAGUUUUGGUAAAACUGUGCUUAGAGUUUAGGGAAAUAAUGGG